GUGUGGCCGCCCGUGUCGUGUAGUGUGUAGUCGCAGCAGCUAGCGCCCGGCCGGCCAGUCGAGUGAGUCCAUCCUCCAUCGCCAUCCAAUGGCCGCCACCGCCCUGAGCAUGAGCAUCCUCCGCGCGCCGCCGCCCUGCUUCUCGUCCCCACUCAGGCUCAGGGUCGCGGUUGCCAAGCCGCUGGCGGCCCCCAUGCGGCGCCAGCUGCUGCGCGCGCAGGCCACCUACAACGUGAAGCUGAUCACGCCGGAGGGGGAGGUGGAGCUGCAGGUGCCCGACGACGUCUACAUCCUGGACUUCGCCGAGGAGGAAGGCAUCGACCUGCCCUUCUCCUGCCGUGCGGGGUCCUGCUCCUCCUGCGCCGGCAAGGUCGUCUCUGGCUCCGUCGACCAGUCCGACCAGAGCUUCCUCAACGACAACCAGGUCGCCGACGGUUGGGUGCUCACCUGCGCUGCGUACCCCACCUCCGACGUCGUCAUCGAGACGCACAAGGAGGAUGACCUCCUAUAAUUCUAGCUAGCUAUACACCGCCAGGGCCCGUCGUCUUGUGCCACCACAUGCAGUACCGCCCGCGCAGGAGAUGAGACGUGUCGUCUCAAUAAUUCUAGCUAUAUAUAUAUAUAUGCAUGCAUGCAUGUACUUUUCCCUGUUCCAAACUGAGUAUAUUCUAAAUUACAAGAUUUAAUCACAAGGUUUAGAGCAACUCCAACCAUGAGUCUCAUAAUUGGCUCUAUAUUUUGAUUUAGCAACUCACUUAAUUUGUUUAAGAUCUAAACACAUGUUUUGUUUC